GAGGAAGUUGAGCUAUUUUACAGGCAGAAACUUCUGUUUUCAUCAGAACUUGGUUAACGUUCAUGUUGACUGCACAGAGUCCAUGAACUUCGUGUCUUGCCUUUCCAGUUUAUUAGUUUCAGCUUUCUAACUUUGAGAAUCAUACUUUUACAGCUGUGUUACUAUGUGCUGCUACUACAGCUUUCUUGUCGAGCCAAUCAGCUGCCAUGCAUGGAACAAAGAUAGGACUCAAAUUGCCUUCUGUCCGAAUAACCAUGAGGUGCAUAUUUACAAGAAGGAUGGGAACAAAUGGACAAAAGUGCAUGAACUGAAGGAACACAAUGGACAGGUGACAGGUAUUGAUUGGGCCGCAGAAAGCAAUCGUAUUGUAACCUGUGGGACAGACCGUAAUGCCUAUGUGUGGACCUUGAAAGGCGAUACCUGGAAACCUACCCUGGUCAUUCUCAGAAUUAACCGUGCUGCUCGCUGUGUGAAAUGGUCUCCAAAGGAGAACAAAUUUGCAGUAGGCAGUGGAUCCCGCCUUAUAUCAAUCUGCUACUUUGAACAGGACAAUGACUGGUGGGUGUGUAAACAUAUUAAAAAGCCAAUUCGUUCCACCGUACUAAGUCUGGACUGGCAUCCAAACAAUAUCUUACUGGCAGCUGGAUCCUGUGAUUUUAAGUGCAGAGUUUUUUCUGCAUAUAUCAAGGAGGUGGAAGAGAAGCCAGCACCAACUCCAUGGGGUUCCAAGAUGCCCUUUGGAGAAGUGAUGUUUGAGUCAAGUGGCUCAGCUGGGUGGGUCCACAGUGUCUGCUUCUCUGGGAGUGGAAACCGCUUGGUAUGGGUCAGCCAUGACAGCACUGUUUGUAUCACAGAUGGCAACAAGAAAACAGAGGUUGCAUGUCUCAUCACUGAUUGCCUGCCAUUGCUGGCUGCAACCUUUAUUACUGAAAACAGCGUUGUAGCAGCUGGACAUGACUGCUGUCCAAAGCUGUUUGUCUAUGAUGAAAAAAAAGGUGAAGUUACCUUCCAGGGGAAGUUAGAUGUGCCUAAGCAGAGUUCACAGAAAGGAAUGACAGCUCGGGAACGGUUCAAAAAUCUUGAUAAGAAAGCUACCUCUGAGACUAAUGAUGUUACACUUGAAACUUUGCACAAAAACAGCAUCAGCCAAAUCUCAGUUCUUGAGGGUGGUAAAGGAAAAUGCGCCAAGUUCUGUACCACUGGCAUGGACGGUGGGAUGGCUAUAUGGGAUAUCAAGAGUUUGGAAUCUGCAAUGAAAGACCUGAAAAUUGUCUGAAGUACAAGACCUGUAACAGUCAACUAUAAAGAGCAUUUUUUUCUUACAGGUUCUGCUCUUAAAAUGCAAAGCUUUUCUUUGAAUUCUAAUAUGCUUAUAAAGUAAACCUUAGUUAGAAGUGAUUCUUAAGAAUCAUUGGACAAGUCCCAGUUUUACAGUGCAUUAAACAAUCAUUUCAAACAACAGGAAAUAACUAAAUAUAAAAAGCUGGAUUUUUUUUUUAAAUAUGCUGGUCAUAUAGUGCUUAUAACAGUUGUGAAGAUUAAUUCCAAAUAAACCAAUUUUUUUUUUCAUUGA